AUGUCUAUCAAACGCAAACGCUCAACAGGAUCUCUCUUCACAGCCUCGACAUUUGAGGCCUCUCCGACACCAUUUUCAAGCUCCCCAUACCGCCUACCGGAAAUCUUUGUCCAAAGCAAGACCCAUGAACAAUCAUCACCACUCAACUGGAAGCCGUUCUCUUCGACAGUGGGCUCGGAAGACACGCAAAGGACACCAGAGUUGAACAGUCGGACACGGAAACGCUAUCGGGAUGGUCGACCAGAAGAAGCAGAGAUACACGCAUCAACUGUAGAGAAACUCUUCUCAGCGCAAAAAGAACAUCCACACGCAUCGCCGCUACCAUCGCAACAAUCACAACUCCAACCAGAUUCACAAAUUGCAAACACAGACGCACCGCAACGAUCGACGUUGCACUCCUUCUGGCACUUGCCACAGAAUAUACAGCUACCACACGCCGGCCAGCCUACACCACAACAAGAAGUCUUGACAUGCGAUGGUUGUGACGGUGUGUUAGUGCCGGAAUACAGCAUGGACACAUUGGAUAUAGAUACAGCCUGUGGAGCAUGUGGAAAACACGUUUGCAACACCUGCGCUGUUGCAGCAGACAUGAGGCUAUGUCUAGACUGCGCCAUGCAGAGCUGA